AUGCUGGGCUCGUCGGUGACGCCCACCCAGACCCCGACUCAGAAGGAGAAGCCCUUCAGUCCGCAAUCGUCGAGCACCAUCUCCGGUCCCCGACCCAGUCUUGACCUUAACGAUGGCGGAAACCUCCAGCUCCCUUCUGCUGCCAACGGCCCUGCGUCGGUGCGGAACAUGUCCACUUCGGCCGUCAGCUUCGGCCCCAGGGGCUCCAGCCUUAACCCUUCCUCCAUGGCUGGUCCCGGCAGCUUCAGCUCCGAUUUGAGGAGCCAGAUGGGGCAGUCACGCGCAGGCUCAAGAAUGGACGUCUACAACAACCUGGGGACGCUGGACGAGGCGGGCGACAGCCCAGCGAAGGACAAGCUCCUUACCGAUCUGCGCGACGAUCUCGCCAGGGAGAACAAGAUCAAGGAGGGCAGCGAGAACAUGCUGGAGGCCUUGAAUAACAAAAAGCCAAAACAGGUCAAAGAGCAGAAGGCAAAGGUCGAAGCCGAGCUGAACGCCUCCUAUGCUCGCAUCAGGAACCUCAAGCUGCGCAUCGAGGAGCUCCAGCAGGCCAAGGCGGCUCCUACCACACCCAUCCGAGCCCCUGAGGAGUUCUUCCCUCCCAGAGGGAUACGUUCGCCUCAAAGCGCAUCGAGGAGUGGCGCUGGUUCGGACAUCGAAGAAACCAUGGACCCUACAUACCAGCUUGGCGAGCUCCUACAAGCCCUAGAGGCAACUGGCCUGACGCCCGAGUAUUACGUGGCCAAGGCCAACAGCCUUGUCGACCUCUUCAAGCAGUAUCCGAUGUUGAAGUAUGACCUGGUCUGGUCUAUCUUUGGCCUCAGGGUGCAAAUGAUGCUCGUCAGUGACAGCCGGGAGGUCGUUGCUGCAGGCUACCGGAUGACCCGUUAUGCCAUGUCAGACAGGAUCUCUCUUAAGAAGAUUCGCACCCUCAACACUGAUUACAUAGUUAUCUCGUCCUUGAUCAAAGACAGAAAGGCCGACCUGGAGAGGGAGCAAGCAUUAAAGUUUGUACGGGCCUUCUUGGACAUCAAAGACGGUAUUCGGGAGCUGUCAAGGGCUGUCGUCAGAACAGUUGUCUCUAUUGCAGAACAUAAUGAGGAUAGACUGCGGCCGAUAUGUCUGGAGACACUGGCUGAAAUCCUUGUUCGAGAUCCCCAACUGGCUCUUGCCUCUGGUGCCAUGGGCAUUCUAUGCGAUGCCUUGACAGAAGGCUCUUACAAGGCCCCACAGAGUCUGAUCUCAGCAUUUCUGUUCCUGCUGGAUAGUCCUCAGAGGCGCAAGUAUCUGCGACCAGGCUACGAUGUGGAGGUGAUAUUCAACGUCUUCACCGAUGUCUUCAUAACCAACGAAACCAUCCUGAAACACAAUUCCAGGGCGAUUUCUUCGGCGCUGAAGACAUGGUCGGGUCUCAUGUACCUGUCCAUGUACAAUUCCAGAGCGAUCAGGUCGCUAAUAUCAAGCUUGGUGAUUCCCAACCCGCAAGCUAGGGACACCGUCAUCGACCUUCUCUACUCGUUGCUGCGGAUCAAAUCCCCAGCAUGGGCAACACCUUUCUUGGCCGGCAGAAGGCUUACAACCUACGGGAGGGUCACAGCGAUGAAUACCACGGCACCUAAAGGCACACAGGCUUAUAUCGAGGACGAUGGGGGAGAACAGAAUUUCGUGGAUCACUACACUGCGCUGCUUCUGGCUUCACUGAUCAGGUCGGAUCUUGUACCGACCCUUCUUAAUCUCGCCCGAGAUGCGGAAGAUGAGACGCUGAAGCGCAAGUCGACAUUACUGUUAGGUGAGGUCUUGAGGCUCUCAAGCCGUUUACUGCCUCCGUCAUGGAGCAGCGAGCUGCAGUUCCUACCGGGACUGUUCUCAGCUGCCGUCCGUUUCAAUGAGAAGUCGCACUUCGUCGCCACGAGUCUGGUUUAUCAGAUCAGCAGUGUCAGUCGUACGCUCUACCGGUCUUCCCCGUCUGUUUUCACUGCUGCCGGGCUCGCGUCACAUCAGAUUUCAAAUCCAGGGUUAGAAGAAGAGCAGACCAGAGCUGCUCCCGUUGUUAGCGUCGACGAAGGCACCUUUCGGCAGUUGCUGGUGGACUCUUACGUAUUAAGCAGCAGCAACUACCUCAAGUGGAAUUGGGACAUCAUACUCAAGGUCAUCGAGGGGCCUUUGACAAUCAACAAGAGGGUGGAAGACGCCAUCAAAGCAUCCAAAUGGAUGAAGAGAGUGAUGGGGUUUUACCGGCCAUUCAAGUACCGAUUCUCAGACAUGAAGAACACACGAAAUACGCAAAAGUAUGUACGGGCCGGUUGCGCUCUGAUGCAGGCUCUUCUCCAAACUCCACAGGGCAGGGCCUACCUGGUCGACAAUAAGGUCCUGAGACAGCUCGCUGAAUGCCUGGCUCAAUGUGAUCCUAAAAGUGGCUUGACAGCUCGUGUACCCCUCUUCUCCAGAGACAGACUUAUGGACACGCUUAGUGGAGGGUACGUUGCUAUGCUUGGUGUUUUAACCGCGGACAUCAGAGGCUUGGAGAUGAUGAAUCGGUGGAGGAUGUUCAACAUGAUAUUCUCCAUCCUUGACGGCCAGCGGCGCCCCGAUCUGAUCAAGAUGAUGCUCUCGCAUUUUGACUACAAUAUUCAACACCAUCCUCAGGUCCUACUCCAGAAGGCUAUGACCAGCAAUACCAAAGAGAUCCGGAUGUAUGCCACCAACAUCCUCGGGAAGCAUGCCAACGAUCCCAAGGCCAACCUGACUGGCGAUAUGAAGUGGGCCAUCAGGGCUCUUGUGACACAGCUCUACGACCCGGAAGUUGAAGUCAGCGCUACCGCGAUCAAAACACUCGAGAAGGCAUGCAAUACCAGGAACUAUCUGGAAAUGAUCGUUGAGUGCAAACCGGGCCUGGAUCACCUUGGGGAAAUCGGUGCUCCCUUGCUUCUACGAUUCUUAUCCACGUCAAUUGGCUAUCAUUACUUGGACGGCCUGGACUACAUCAGUAACGAAAUGGAUGACUGGUUCCUUGGUCGUAACGACACCUACGUCAACACCGUCGAGGCCAGUCUUGCUCGCGCCUUUGCUGAUGGUCAGGAUGAGCCCGCGAAUCGCCUGAGCUUGCUUGGUGAGGAACCAGACACGGAGGCGGAUCCGCACGUUCCGCCACACUUCUACCGCGAACUCACACGCACCGAGGAGGGUUGCAGGUUGCUGCAAGACAAAGGUCACUUCGCUGAGUUUGCGUCUACGAUUAAAGAGCAUGGACUUGAAGCUGACGACGCUGAGAUAAUGAUCAAGGUCAAAGGUUGCAUGUGGGCUGUGGGCAAUGUGGGAUCCAUGGAACGUGGCGCGCCGUUUCUCGAAAGCUGCGAUGUGGUCCCACACAUCGUACGCAUCGCCGAGGACCACGAGGUCAUGAGCAUGCGAGGGACCGCGUUCUUUGUUAUUGGCUUGAUAUCAAGGUCUGUCCAUGGGCUCGAGAUGCUGUCAGAGCUAGGUUGGGACGCAAACACAAAUUCAUUAGGGAACUCUACCGGGUUCUGCGUCCCCAGCGACUUGUCGAAGUUUUUCUCUCUGCAGCCCUGGCAGCAUGAGACGGCCGGCGCCAUAGUCUUGCCCGAGACGCAGAGAACUGAAAAGAGCGCAAAACCGCCGGUCUUGCCAUCUCGGCCACGGUCAGACUCGUUGAUGGAGGUCAUGGGCCCGCCCACAUCCGAAUACGGGUACGCGAACACUGGCGCUUUCGAUGACGACGAGCACAUAGAACUGGACCCAGACCCACUCAACCACAAGAUACUCGAGCUCUUCAUCGACCUCAGCAACACAGUACGCUUUGGGAAGGCCCGGACCGAGCUCGUGCAGCUCAAGGAGCAGAAGAAACCACCGGGGUUCUCCGACGCGCGACUGUUCCGGCGCGUUGUGGCUCUCAUGGAGAUGCAUCACUACAGAUUGAAUGCACGCCGCAUGCUUGAACUGUUCGAGCGCAGCGUGCUACGGCAGGUCGUCUUUGACGAAGAUGGUGAGAGCGAGGAGCUAGACGAUCCUACUGGGCUGCCGGCUCAGGAGUCGGACACCGGCACUCCGGCGAGGGACAACGAAGAAGAUGCCGAGGCGGGCGGCUUGGACUCUGAAGCUGAAUAG